AUAAUCUCUGAUGUAAUGGCUGGGUCCAAUGGCACAAUUGGAGAUGUGUCUUUUACUUAUCAGCAAAUUUUUAAUCUAGAAAUGGAUGUUGGGCUCAGCACCAAAACUGCAGUGGCUGUGUUAACAUCUCUGUUCUUCUUUUUUGUAAACUGUGUGAUGCUCUUUGCUCUAAAAAGCAAGCGUGUAUUCCAUGAGACGCCACGCUACAUUCUUUUUGGCCACAUGUUAAUGAAUGACUCUGUGCUUUUGCUGGUCACUAUCAUAAUGUAUGCAGUGGCUCUGUGUUUCCUACCAAUACCUAAAUCCAUAUGUACUCUGUUAGUCUUUAUCUCCUACUGCACUUUCCGUAACGCUCCUCUGACACUAGCACUGAUGUCUCUGGAGAGGUACGUGGCGAUCUGCUUCCCUCUGAGACACUGCAACAUCGCCACACCAAAAAGGACUGGAGUCGCCAUAGGAAUCAUCUGGCUCCUUAGUUCUAUUAAUAUUAUAACAGACAUUAUUUUUGUUUUAACUGUGAACCCUGAUUAUUUAGCUGGUAUUAUAUUUUGCACGUUAGAAAAAUUGUUUUUAUUCAAAUGGCAGCUGGAUAAAUAUCAAGCGUUUGACGUUCUUUAUUUUGUGUCUGUUGCAGUGAUCAUUAUUUUCACAUACAUUAGCAUCAUGAUCACAGCCAGGUCUGUUUCGUCUGAUAAAGAUUCUGCUAAGAAAGCCCUUAAAACAGUGCUCUUGCACCUGAUUCAGCUGGGACUGUGUCUCACCUCUUUUUUGUAUACUUCAAUAGAAAGAACACUAUACAUGAUGACUGGAAGCAACUCUUCACUCUUCAUAAAUCUGAGAUAUCUAAAUUUUCUUAUUAUUCUUAUCUUACCACGUUGCCUAAGUCCUCUGAUCUAUGGUAUGAGAGAUGAAGCUGUGUGGCCCUUGUUCAAAUAUUUUUUCUGCUAUCGUUCUGGAAAAGUAAAGCCUUCUAUUAAUGUACAUUAA